AUGGCAAUCCGCAUUAUGAUCGUUCCGACUUCGAUGCAAGAAAGACAAGCAGACAAAGUCAACAACAGUGUUUUGUGUAUCAGAAUAAAUUGCUUUGAACACGGGAGUGCUCUGCAGCUGCUGAGGCCACAGUUUUCGCCGCCACAGUCUUCGCCGCCACAACAACGACUGACUGGCGAAGCAGCGCCCUCACCCAAACCUGGUACUCAGUUCUUGUCACCUCCAAAGAUUGAGGCGGCAAACAAGGCAUCCACUUCUGGACAAACCGACGAAGAACGCCGGGUCUUGGAAGUGGGGGCGCACCCCGAAUUCGCCAACGUGGUGCUGCUUACCGCAGCUAACUAUGCAUACUUCGCCAUUUACCAGAACUGGCGAUGCAACGCGGAGAGACAUGGAUUGGAUUGGGCGGUUGUUGCCAACGACGAGGAGGCUUUUCAACAACUUGGCGCGGACAGAGCCCUGCUCGCGAUCGGCGAGAAGGUCAGUGGCAUGAACGGGUGGGGAAGUGCAAAGCUAGAUAGCGUGGGCCGGAACAAGAUGUUCAUGGUGCUCACGAUUAUGAGAGUUUCAGGUUUAGGAGUAGUAUUCACCGAUGCAGACAACAUGUUUCGUGGCGAUCCCUUUGCAACGGGUGUGCAUUUGGGAGAUCUGAUACGCUCUGAGAAAUACGACUACGUCUACCAGGAGGAGCUUGCCAAGGCACCCGACAAGGGCCACAUCGUCGAUCGGCAGCGCGAGGAAUCUUACCGGAAGCAUGGAGAACGUUUAGGAGCAGACCAGCCAAUCUUUUGGCAGGUCGUCCAGCUUCUGCGUUCGACCGGUGGCAAAGUUGGACCGGGGGGUUUCAAAUGUGUGAAGCUGUGCCAGCAGAGCCCGACCUGCCAAGCUCCCUUGGAAGACACUUUGCAGUACUGCUCCAUGAAUGCCUUCAUGCACCCCACCGGCUGGGAGGAACCACCGCCGGAGCGUGUCACCUACCACGCAAACUAUGCUGCCAACAACGACAAGAUCGCAAAGCUGGAGAAAGCCGGGCUUUGGGGUGCUUGGUCAGAGAAAGCUGGGCGCUGCCAGUCCUUCAACCUCCCAGCUGGCAUCUUCGCCUUCGCUACCCCGGUCUUCUCCUGA